CUUUUAAGCACUCUACCAUGUCGGCAGGAUUUCGCAAUGGCGCCCGGCUGGAGGAUCGUUAUUUUACACCCGCUGAGGUGGAAAUGCAUAAUGCCCCCGAAGACUGUUGGGUAUCUUGGCUCGGAUAUGUCUACGAUCUCACUCCCCUUGUGGAAGAGCACAAAGGCGAACCUUUGCUGGCACCGAUUUUGAAGAAUGCGGGGAAGGAUAUUUCACAUUGGUUUGAUAGGAAAACUGGUGAUCUCAAAUCACAAAUCAAUCCCCUCACUGAAUGUCUCACCCCCUACACACCAGAAGGACCAUUUCUACAUGUUCCACCGCCGGUACCCUUCUCAGACUGGUCAUCGACGAUGGAUACUGGGAGCGCGGUUCCGUGGUGGCAGAACAAACAUAAGUAUUGCAUUGGAAGAUUAAGUCAAAAAACGAGGAAGAUCAGGAUCAUCAAUACUUUAACUCGAGAUGAACAUGUUCUAGAGGUUGCAUCUGAAGAGAAGUUGUCGGCUAUACAAGAGCGUUAUCUAGCCUACAAUUCUCACGCCAAAGGCUAUAUGUGGAAACGCUUGGGCCAGCUUCUGGAUAUGUCGCGAACGCUGGAAGAAAACAGCAUCACGGACGAAAGUCCGUACUUUGAACAAGUUGGAAUAGACGAGGAAGACUGGUUGCCAGCUGUUCAUUUGUAUUUUAGUGAUGACCUCACUGUGGCAUAAUGGUACCGACACGGUCACAGGACGCACCGGCUUAUGUAGGCUCUAUUUAUCUCGCCUGUGAGCCAUAUCUACGAUUUCGGGUGCCAACUGAACCAUGCAGAGAUCCAGAAGCACGUAGAAGAGGUGUUUGUUGAUGUACGUGUAUUGCAACAUAUCUACUAGAUCCGAUAGGCUGUCCUGCACUUCGUCUUCUCCAAAAGAUGUAUAUAUGAUGGCUAAUAUAUGUUAGCAACGUAUCAUCGAUGAAGCCGGUGGUCAGCACUUACGUGGCACGCUUUUUCU